CAAUUAUUCAAUACUGGAGAUUGAGGGCCUGCGUCAAUAUGCGAACAUUCAGAGAGACAUGAUACAAGAUUGCGUGGCACAGCUUUGCUGUUGAUCCUGAGCGCUGCGCCCAAGAAUUUCAGCAGCAAUGUCAUUUAUGGACAGAUAAGGGAGGUUUCAGUCAUUGAAGCCCGGAUUCUUCUCUUGCCAUGGCAACCUCAAGGCUUGCUACAACUACUGCUGUUAGAUUACCACCUCUACCAACAAUAAGUGACCUAGUCAGGUUAUACCGACUUCGGGCUCAAAAGCAGCUAUCACAAAACUUUCUCAUGGAUAUGAAUCUCACUGACAAAAUUGUUAAAGCAGCAGGCCCACUGAAGAACGGGUACGUGUGUGAGGUUGGUCCGGGUCCUGGUGGCAUCACAAGGUCCAUUCUGAAGGUGGGGGCCAAGCUAUGCGUGGUCGUUGAGAAGGAUAGACGCUUCUUGCCUGGUUUGCAGUUGCUGGGGGACAGCGUGGAGGGACGGCUUCGUAUAAUUCACGGUGACAUGCUACGCUACUCUGGCGAAAACCUGUUUCCAGCUAACAGCAUCACGGAGUGGAACUCCGAUCCGCCGAACGUACAUCUUAUUGGAAAUUUGCCGUUCAAUGUAUCGCUGCCGCUGUUGGUACAAUGGCUACACCACAUGUCAAAUCACACAGGUCCAUUCACAUAUGGUAGAACGAAAAUGACACUCACCUUCCAGAAAGAAGUUGCGCAGAGGAUUGUUGCUCAAAUUAAUGAACCAAACCGAUGCCGCCUGUCUGUCAUGUGUCAGUAUCUGUGUUAUGUCAAACACAGGUUCACAAUACCUGGUAAGGCAUUCGUUCCAAAGCCAGAUGUUGACGUGGGUGUUGUUCACCUUGUUCCACGCAUUCAUCCAAGGAUCGCUCACCCCUUCAAGAUGGUGGAGAAGGUUGUACGCUCGGUGUUUCACUUCCGGCAGAAGAAAUGCAAGCGAGGGAUAGCGAUUCUCUUUCCACGGGAGCGCACCGACCUUGUGGAAGAAGUGAGCAGGUACUCCGGGAUUGAUCCUACUUCCCGUCCAUUCCAGCUCACCGUGGAAGAGUACGCACGCAUCUGUGACGUGUAUGCGAACAUUUGCUCGCGAGAGCCAGGAAUUUACGAAUACGAGUACAGAUGACAGCAUCAUGGACAGUCAUGCUGAUGUACCCGGCAGUUUUACUCAGCAUUAUGUAGUCGAUUGGCUAGCAGGCAAUGUGCCAUGCAGGACCCAGUCAAGUUGCCAAUAUUAGUCUCAGACUAAGAGGCAAUGUGCCAUGUAGGACCCAGGCAAUGUGCUAUGCAGGAUGCAGUCAAGUUGCCAAUAUUAGUCCGAGACUAUCAGGCAAUGUGCCAUGUAGGACCAUGUCAAGUUGCCAACGUUUGUCUCAGACUAGCAGUCCAGUUGGCAAUGUUAGUGUGGCACUAGUGCUAUCAGACGGUGGCAUAACAUCAGUUGACCAUGGCUAAGGCACUUAGUUGAAUUGUGCACAAGCAUAGAGCGUGACCAUGGAUAGGUGCUCACUCAGCUGAACUGUAAAUAGCAUUACCAAUAGUUAGAGCAAACUUGGCUGACAUCGCAGGUGUGCUUGUUGACAGCAUCUUCUUACCUUUGAACGUUUUACAGCUCAUAAGGUAUAAUACUUGGUGAAGUAGAGAGAGUCUGCAAAUGUUUCUUUUUAUAUCCGUACUGCAGUGCAUUUGGUCAUUAAUACAGAAUCGUGGUUUUACUUAAA